UAUAAAAUGACAAUCAUUGGUAUUUAUUAUUUAUUAAUUUUAUUAACAUUUAAGAAAAUGAGUGUUCUAGAGUUCUGGAUUUUACUAAUAGGAAUAUACAUGAUAACUAAUAACAUAUAUAGUUUUCCAGUGGCUCAAGAAGAAAAAGAAAAUGUGAGCAAUAUUUCUGCAAUUUUACAUAAUUUGCGUAUGCUAAUCAAUAGUACUACACCAGAAGAAGAAGAAGAACUUAAAGGUAUAGUAGAACAGAAAGGUAUAGUUAGCUUGCCAUGUAAAUCACCUUUGGUUUCAGGACAUGAUGGACAAUGCAGAACAUUAGUAGAUUAAUUAUUAUAUUUUUAAAAUAUUUAAAUAAUAAUGUUACUAUCUCUUUACUAUACCGGUGUUGCAUCGUCGGACG